AUGUCCUUCAACGGCACCUUCGACUGGGUCCCCCGCGGCGGCCUCAUCUUCACCCCCACCACCCAGGACCCCGACCUACACAUCCACUCCGGCGGCCCCAACGACCCCGACACCACCACCCCCUCCCACUACCGCAUCCAAACCCAAACUCCCAACCCCUCUUACCUCACACCCGCCCUCUGGAUCGAGAGCAUGACGAACAUCCUCUCCCAGCCCUCCAAAUCGCUCAUCCUUCUCGAAUCCCGUAACGGCCCACAGGAACCCGGCUUCGCCGCGCCCGAGGACGUUAUACAAUCUACCACAAAGGCCCUAGAGCUCAAAGACGAGCAAGUAAAGAGAGUCAUCGGCAAAAGCGGAUCACUAACCGAUUACUUCUUCUCUGAAUCAGCCGCAGCGUCAUCCGAUUCAAGCGUCGAGCUUGCGUUCCGCUGGACUUCCAUGCCUGGAUCUUAUGUGAUUUUCAUGGGGCGGUUUACGCCGAGAUCUGUAGUAACAGGGUCAGGGGAAAAGGGGAAGGAGACGGACAGGAUGGUGGGGAUUGUUUCUCAUCGGGGUCUUUUCCCUAUCUCUGCCGGGGAAGGGGAGGGUGAGAAGGAGAAGAAGAAGAAGAAUGUGAUUAUGGAUUCGGACUUGGGAGUGGCGCUGGGUAAGCAUGCUGACAAGCUUGGAGAAAACCCAAUGAGUGUGUUCACUGUCCUUCUUCAGCUGUGUGAGAGCCAUUUGGAUGAGGAGAUACAUGAGCUUGGGGUUAGGCUGGAAGGAACGCCGAUGGAGGAUUUUGCACAGGUUGCAAAGGAGAUGGCGCCGGAGAUUUGCGUAUUGAGAAAGGCAUGUAAUGAGUUGCUGGCUAUCUGUGGCGGGUGUCUGUUUGCCAUCAAGAUCUGGAGUCAGAAGGUGAAGGUAACUGAUACCCAGACGUGCUUGGACGGAUUGCGGAGGGAUGUGCAGGGGAUUAGAGUGUCGGUCGAGAUGCGCUUGGAGAAGUUGAAUUAUGUUGAUGGGGUUUGUAGCCGUAUGACGAUGGGCGCGGAGUCAGGGAGGCGCAACAGGUUCAUGGAGUGUUGA